UGUGCCGACGUAAUUCGCAAAAAUGGCGGAUCCGUUGAGUUUGCUUCGUCAAUAUAACGUAAACAAAAAGGAAAUUAUCGAGCGCGAUGGCCAGAUUAUAUUCGGCGAGUUUUCGUGGCCCAAAAAUGUUAAAACUAAUUACCUCAUGUAUGGUUCUGGCAAGGAGGGAAUUCGAGGUAAAGAGUAUUACACUCUUGAAUGCCUCUUGUUUAUAUUGAAAAAUGUUUCGCUCACCCAUCCGGUGUACGUAAGGGAGGCUGCCGCCGAGAAUAUUCCCGCGGUGAGGCGGCCCGAUCGUAAGGAAUUGCUGGCGUAUUUGAAUGGGGAGACGGCCAGUUGUCCGGCUAUAGACAAAAGCGCCCCGUUAGAGCUUCCCACGCAAGUUAAAAGAUCCGCGGAUUACGAUGGGCCAGAAAGUGUCGCGAAGAAACCGAGGUUUGAGGACACUCACGUCCAAAAGGUCAGAGAGAAACUGGCUGCUCGUUUGGAUGCGCCGAAAGAAGCGUCGGUCACCGUUGACAAUAUUAAGUCUUUAUCAGAGGCAAUGUCAGUGGAAAAGAUCGCCGCUAUCAAAGCGAAACGUCUCGCCAAGAAACGAACCACUAUUAAAGGAAACGACGAUAUUGGACAGGAAUAUGAAUUAAGGGCAAUACUCGAUUUGGACGUUGAUAUUACCAAAGACAUUAUAAGUAGAGAGAGGCAGUGGCGGACUAGGACGACGAUUUUGCAGUCAACGGGGAAAAAUUUUGCCAAAAAUAUUUUGGCCAUGUUACAUAGCAUCAAACUGCGGGAAGAAGGUCGGCAACGACCACAGCCCGUACAGCCCCCGAUUGUCACUCCUCGCCAGACGCCGAUCAGGACAACGACUCAACCAUCAGUGUACAACCGGUACGAUCAGGAAAGGUUCAAUCGCCAAAAGGAGGAAACAGAAGGGUUUAAGAUCGACACCAUGGGUACUUACCAUGGGAUGACUCUCAAAUCAGUGACGGAGGGUCAACCGAAAACAAGACCACAGCCGCAAGUUCCCCAAGCGCCAUUGCCCGUGAGUCAGGCCAGACCGCCACCAGGUGGUAUGCAGAAGCGCGUUUCCAGGACUCCAAUUAUUAUCAUACCCGCCGGCACCAACUCGUUGAUCUCUAUGUACAAUGUGAAGGAAAUUCUCCAAGAUAUGAAGUUUGUGACACAGGAACAGAAAAAGCUGGAGGGCGGCAAGCGAGACAACGAGGUUCUCAUCCAGCGACAAAAGAAUGGGCAGACGGUGCCCUACAGGAUUGUCGACAAUCCAGCGAAACUGAGCCCGAGUGAUUGGGAUCGGGUGGUCGCGGUAUUCGUGAUGGGCCCAGCGUGGCAGUUCAAGGGCUACCCUUGGGACACCCCGGUCGAAAUUUUCGACAAGGUUGCCGCCUUUCACCUCAAGUACGACGAAAUGAAGAUCGAUCCAAACGUAGCAAAGUGGAAUGUUACAGUCAUCGAGUUGUCGAGAACCAAAAGGCAUUUGGAUCGGGCGCACUUGAUGAUAUUUUGGGAGAAACUUGACAAGCACAUUGUACAACACAAGCCGCACCUGCGCUUCUAAGAGGCAAGGCCCUGUAUAUAAACUUGUACAGUAUCCUAAGGGUCCCAGAAGGUUUUGGAAAGUAUCCCUUCCGUAAAAAAUUGGAUAAGAAUAUCAUGAUGUUAGGUAACAUAGUUUUGUGUAUUAAAACGUUUUUUAAAAA